AAAACCAUUGAAGACAAAUACCCAUAUUGAAGAUCGGAAAUGGCUUGCACAUUUUGUUGCCAAUUGGACUUAAGAAGAUUUUCUUCAUAUGGCACCGUCGUAUGAGUUUUAUGUUUAUAUGAUCAGAAAACCGAAUCACCAAAAUGAUAGAGUUUGCCCAAAAAAUAUCGAAGACAUUAGCAACGAGGAAAGAUAUCGUGAAAUGGUUCAGAACGCGGCAUAUGUCGGAAUCUCCGUGAUGUUCACUGCAAAGAAACUCAUGUGGGUAUUGAAGGAGCAAGGGCAGUCUUGGGAUGGAGUCUAUUUUCGUGAAAUUAUCCUUCAAGAACAUGUAAUUCCCUUUCUUCGAGAUCCAAACAAUGUCCUCGAUACAAAUGAAGUCAUAUUCCUUCACGAUGAGGCACCCUGUAUGAAAGCCAAUGCAACGCAACAUCUUUUGAAGGAUGAGGGUAUCAAGUUCUGGGGUAAUUCGAUAUGACCCGGUAACAGUCCCGACAUGAACCCUGCAGAGAACAUCGGUGCCAUUAUCAAAGACAAAGUUGAAGAACCGAUGGCAAGUGAAGAUCGUCAAAACAGAUACAAUUACGAUAUUCUCAAAACUAACAUUGAGAAUGCACUUAGGAAUGUUGAAGAUGACACAGAUCUUUUUACUGACUUGCUGCGCUCGAUGAGAAAAAGAUUUGAUGCUCUCAAAGCUGCUAGUAGCAGCUUUGAGAGCAUCAAAAGAAAGCAUCAAUAAAUCAAGACUGUCCACCUACACCCAUAUUUUCACCUUUACCCGAUUCAUAAAGUAUUACAUUUCGUUCAAAUGAAUCAUCGCCAACGUCGCCGUUCAAAUGGGGUACUCCAAAAAUAAGAAAACGAAAAGCUACUGAACGAGACUCAAUUGAUGAAUAUAUUGCAAGCAAACACCAAGCCGUAGAAUCCAGCAGUUUACCGUCAAAUCCAUCAAUUCUAUACAUAUUACGUCCAAGAAAGCAAAUGGAGCAGCUGGACGACAAUUCUUCCUACUCAUCUAAUUCAUCUGAGGAUAAUAGUAGCAACUUACCUACACCCGUAUUAAUAAGAAACACAAACUCAAACAAAGAAGAAAACGACCUUAUUAUCACUUAUUGGAAAUUAAAAAAUAAUAUAUCUGAUCAUGCCGUGAAUAAACUACAUAAAAUCCACACGUCAAUACCGAGCAUUUGGUCGAUAGGAAAUGUUCGUAAGCGAUUAAAUAAUAAUAUCUAUGUGAAUAAUACAGAAUUUGGUUCAUAUAUUGCAUUGGAAGAUGCUAUUAAAACUUUAAUUUAUACAAAUGCCUCGACAAAAACAAAAAUACGAAGAAAUAUUACAAUACGUCUGUCUAUUGAUGGGACUCAAAUAGGCGAAAAACUAAAAGUUCUGGUAUUAUGUAUUAGUUGUACACAGUUUAAUUCAAAACAACAAAUUGCAUCAAAAUUAUUACCAAUAGGUUUAUUUAAAAUUGAUAUAGAAGAUUAUGAAACAGUCAAAAAAGUUAUACCAAAUGAAAUUAUUAGUAGCAAAAUUCAAGGUCAAAAACUAAUUAUUAAUGGUGAGCAGUUUUCCAUUAAGUUCAAGAAUAGUGAUAAACGAAGAUAUGGAUAUAAAAACGAACCAAUAUUUGGAACUAGAUUUCGUGAACGUCAACCAAAUUAUUUAUAUUUGCAAACAUUAAAAACGGAUUCAAUAGGAUGGGUUAAAGAGUUCAGCGGCAUAUUUGCAGAUGCAUAUAUUACACCAUACAUGCAUGUGAUAAGUGAUCAUAUGCAUGAAUUUCAAGAACUGGAUGAAGAUGACGAACUUGCAUGCUUUAAUCUUCAAGGUGCAGAAAAUGUUCCCCUAAUAGCAGAAGAUCGAGUAAAAAGUGUAGUUCAAUGUUUUAAUCGCAAAAAUAACGAAAAAGAAAAUCAUGAAGUAUGUACAGAAAAACUUAAUAUGGCUCCACAAAUGGGAGGCAUUGGAGAAGUUGUCCAGAUUGACGAAUCACUUUUCCGUGGUAAGCGAAAAUACAAUCGUGGACGACUUUUACUUGGUAAUCAAAAUAAUAAUGGGAACAACAACACAACAACACCGUACGCAUCCGGUAGUGAGGAUCGCGAUGGCACUCAGCAACAAACAAAUAAUCGUAAUUAUGGAAGACGUAUGGAUGGGCCGUGGAUAUUUGGUAUCGCUCAACCGACAAAAGAUGGACACGAGGUACGAUUUUUCCAUGUACAACGUCGUAAUCGUCAAACAUUAGUUCAAAUUAUAUGGAAACAUGUUGUACCUGGAACAACCGUAUGGUCAGAUGAAUGGGCUGCCUACAAGAAUCUACAAACGCAGUACGGAUAUGAUCACCAAACAGUGAACUAUAGUCAAAAUUUUGUUGACCCUCACACUGGAAACACUAAAUGGAUAUGGGGAACACCAGCUGUAAUGUUACCGUACUAUUUAUAA